UGCACUUUUAUGUCAGUAUUUUCUUGCUUCUAAUUUUCUUCCUUUUUUUAUUUUUUAUUAAAAAAAAAAUGAAUACAGAGCAUAGUGAUGGAACGCAUUGACAUAAGUGAAAAAUGCAAAGCUAUAUGAAACGUGAGAGUGUGUUUAUAUAUACCAAACUCAUUUUGCUACUCCCAAAUGCCAAUACCCAUUUUUAGGAGAGAGAAAAAUGGGGUGUUUGUAGUGUUAUUGACAGUCUCAGCCAAACCAAACCGCAAAAUACAUUCCCAUUUGGUUUCCCUCUACUACUUUCUCUCUCUCUAAAAUGGAAAAGAUGAAAACUUUGGUGUUUUUGUGGGUGUUAAUUCUGUUUAUGAAUGCUAAAUGUAUGCAAUGCAGUGUUGGUUAUGACAGGAAAGCUCUUUUAAUUAAUGGCCAAAGAAGAAUUUUGAUGUCUGGUUCUAUACAUUAUCCCAGAAGCACUCCUGAUAUGUGGGAAGAUCUGAUAGAGAAGGCCAAAGAUGGAGGGUUGGAUGUCAUUGAUACCUAUGUCUUUUGGAAUGGUCAUGAGCCUUCUCCUGCCAAUUACAAUUUUGAAGGAAGAUAUGAUUUGGUUAGAUUCUUAAAGAUUGUUCAGAAAGCUGGACUCUAUGCUCAUCUCAGACUCGGACCUUAUGUCUGUGCUGAGUGGAAUUUCGGUGGGUUUCCUGUAUGGUUGAAGUAUGUACCAGGAAUCAGCUUCAGAACUGAUAAUGAACCUUUCAAGAGAGCAAUGCAAGGAUUCACUGAGAAAGUUGUAACCUUGCUGAAGAGUCAUAAUCUGUUCGAGUCUCAGGGUGGGCCAAUUAUUCUUGCACAGGUUGAGAAUGAAUAUGGGAGACUAAGAAUGAGACUUGGGCAAGAAGGGAAUAACUACAUGAACUGGGCUGCAAACAUGGUUCAGAGUAUGGAUACAGGGGUUCCCUGGACCAUGUGCAAGGACGAUGCUACUCCAGAUCCUCUGAUAAACACUUGCAAUGGUUUCUACUGCGAUAAUUUUACACCUAACAGACCAUUUAAGCCCAAGCUCUGGACUGAGGCUUGGACUGGCUGGUUUACCGAGUUUGGAGGACCCAAACACCAAAGACCAGUAGAAGAUUUGGCCUUUUCUGUUGCUAGGUUCAUACAGACAGGGGGAUCCUUUGUCAACUACUACAUGUACCAUGGUGGGACAAACUUCGGGCGAACAGCUGGAGGUCCAUUUAUCACUACUUCUUACGACUAUGAUGCUCCUCUUGAUGAAUAUGGUUUGAUCAGGCAGCCAAAAUACGGUCACCUAAAGGAACUUCAUAAGGCAAUUAAGCUAUGUGAGUCAGCUCUGGUUUCGUCUGAUCCUGUAGUUACUCAGUUGGGGGAUCAUCAACAGGCUCAUGUAUUUUUCCCGGAAAAAGGAGGCUGUGCAGCUUUUCUAUCAAACUAUGAUACGGAAUCUGGUGUGAGAGUUCUGUUCAAUAAUAAACACUACACCUUGCCUCCCUGGUCCAUUAGCAUUCUUCCAGAUUGCAAAAAUGUAGUUUUCAACACUGCAAAGGUAGGAGAACAAACAUCGCAUAUGGAAAUGCUUCCGAGCAACACAAAAAUAUUCCCAUGGGAAAGCUAUAAUGAAGAUGCAUCAGCUCUAGAUGACGGGUCAAGCUCAACCGUAACGGCUGUUGGUCUCUUAGAGCAGAUAAACAUGACCAGGGAUAGUACUGAUUAUCUUUGGUACAAAACUAGUGUUGAAAUCAAUCCAUCAGAGUCCUUUUUUCGUGGCGGGGAACUCCCAACACUCAUAGUAAGAUCUACAGGGCAUGCUGUUCAUGUUUUUGUAAACGGACAGCUUAUAGGAUCUGCCUUUGGGGAAAGGAAGAAUAGAAGAUUCAUCUUCAGCAAAAAAGUGAAUCUACAGACAGGAACAAACAAAAUUGCACUCCUGAGCAUAGCCGUUGGUUUACCAAAUGUGGGAGGACAUUUUGAGUCUUGGGAAACAGGUAUCCUAGGCCCCGUUGUAUUACAAGGCCUUGGUCAGGGAAAACUAGACCUAUCAUGGGAGAAAUGGACCUAUCAGGUUGGCCUAAAGGGGGAGUCCAUGAAUCUAGCUUCUCCAAAUGGUAUAUCCACGGUAGAAUGGAUGGACAGUAAAAUAGCUGUCCAAGACCAGCAGCCAUUGAUGUGGCACAAGGCUUACUUCGAUGCACCUGAAGGAAAUGAGCCAUUGGCUUUGGACAUGGAAAGCAUGGGGAAGGGUCAAGUGUGGAUCAACGGGGAAAGCAUUGGAAGAUAUUGGACAGCUUAUGCUAGUGGUGAAUGUAAGGGAUGCAGCUAUACUGGAAGAUUUGAUCCUCCCAAGUGUCAAGUUGGAUGUGGCAAGCCUUCCCAAAGAUGGUAUCACGUGCCUCGAUCCUGGUUAAAACAAACAAAAAAUCUGAUCGUUCUCUUUGAGGAAACAGGUGGAGAUCCAAGCAAAAUUACCCUUAUGAAGAGAUCAAUGAACACAAUUUGUGCACAAGUCUCUGAGACUCAUCGAACUGUUAAAAGCUUUCAGAUUGAAAGCUAUGAUAGAACACAAGAAUUCUACAUACCCAAAAUCCAUUUGCAUUGUGCUCCCAGCCAGUACAUUUCAUCCAUCACAUUUGCAAGCUUUGGAACUCCUCUUGGAACUUGUGGGAGAUUUAUGAAAGGUUCUUGCCAUGCUUCCACCUCAUAUGCAGUCUUAGAAAAGAAAUGCAAAGGGAAGCAAAGUUGUGCAGUAACAGUAACAAACAGCAAUUUUGGAAACGAUCCUUGUCCAAAUGUGUUGAAGCGAUUAACAGUUCAAGCAGUCUGCGCUUCCACGGAUUUUACAACAUCUAACCAAACAAGUAUACACUAUUGAUCACCAUGCAUGAUAGUUUCGACAGAACAUACCAGUGAGGAAUGAACAUUAGUCUCGGAAUGUAAGUUUAUUACUCGUAGAUAGGCUCAAAGUGUAACUGUUUAGAGUUAGAUUUUAGACCGUGCUAAUCAAAGGGCAUUUGGGCGGUUAAACUUAGUUUUAUAGUUUGUUUGGUAUCCAUUCUGUAAUUGUAAAUUUAGUUUUGUGUAGGUUUAGCAAGUUUGAUAAUUAUGUGGUUUUAGUCUGCUAGCCCCUGGCCAUUAAACAGAGGCUAGGAGAGAUUAUGGUGUGAAUUUUUUUAAAAAAAAUUUCUUUUGUUUUCUUUUGAGAAUGACUAUAGAAGUAAAGGAUUUUUGUGUGAUUACUUUAGUUUUUUGGGAGGUAAGGUAAUCACCCCCUCUUCAAUUCACAAUCAUGUCUUCAGAAGUUCUGUAAAAAAAAUUGUUUGACACAAUUGUUGUCGAAACAAUAAAAGCUUUGGCUUUCCAUU